CCCUGCAUCUUCACCAUGUGUACCCCUCUCAUCUGCCCUGGAACCUGGACAACCGUGCGGAGCUGUCCCCGAGAGCUCUAGGAAGCCGAUCACUAACUUUGCAGACAGAUGAGCCCUGAGCAGCCAGAGGAGACCGGGCUCUCUACGCUGCCCCCUGUCCUGCUUUACCAGCGUGGAUCCCUAAGCAGGAUCCUCUUAGCCUCCAGACUGGACCCCUGACUAUGGAAGCCUGAAGUGGCCCUGACUUCCAGAGCUCAGUGGCACACCCCACCGGCACCCCAGGCCCCUCCUGCCCCUCCCACUGCCAGCAGUCCCGCUCCGAGAGGGAGGGGUGGGGAGGGCACCCUGGUCUCGCGGGGCAGGGCGCUUCCAACAUGAUGCUCAACUCCGACACCAUGGAGCUGGACCUGCCUCCCAGCCACUCCGAGACCGAGUCGGGCUUCAGCGACUGCGGGGGCGGGGCGGUGCCCGACGGUGCGGUGCCCGGGGCUCCCGGAGACGGCCCGGCCCGGGGCUCAGAGCCAGGGGAGCCGGGCCGGAAAGACCUGCAGCAUCUGAGCCGCGAGGAGCGGCGGCGGCGGCGCAGGGCCACCGCCAAGUACCGCACGGCGCACGCCACGCGCGAGCGCAUCCGCGUGGAGGCCUUCAACCUGGCCUUCGCCGAGCUGCGCAAGCUGCUGCCCACGCUGCCCCCGGACAAGAAGCUGUCUAAGAUCGAGAUCCUGCGCCUCGCCAUCUGCUACAUCUCCUACCUGAACCACGUGCUGGACGUCUGAGCCCGGCAGGCGCCGCGCGCCGCCCUUGCUGCGCUUUCUAAGCCUCGCUCUCUCGGGGCCGCCGCCGCCCCUUCCACCCGGUGUCCACGCUUUCAGCGGCCCGAGCCCUGCACUCU